AACGGGUCUUAUGGACAGCAGACGGCAGCCACAGGAAGCCGGUAACUGUGCUUGAAGUGUCGCCUUUGUAGGUGGGGGCAGUCCGUUGUUGGUCUAACUUUAACGGUGUGAAAAGUUUGAUGAGAGUCACAACAGUCUUCAGCUGUUGCUGUCAAAGCGUUAGCGACUCGGCAGAGAGAACUUGAUGCGCAAAAUGCGGAUUUUUCUCCCUUUGCUGUGGGUUCUGUGCGCUGCGCAGGUCGACAGUGUGUACGAUAUAACCUGUCCCAGAGAAGAUCCUACUCCUGGUGUGUUGGUUUUAUCCUCGGGCAGUACGUUGCUUCUAACCUGCAGAGGUCAUGUAACAGUGGACGGAGUAAAAGUCAACAUUGCAAGAAACUCAAACAGGAACAAAAGAGGGAGUUUUCCAGCUGCCCCUACAACCACUGGAACCAAAAAGCCAACUGAGGGACAUCGCUACAGCCCUGACACAGCAGUCAGUGCUGUGACAGGAGAAAACAGACGCCCCACAUAUACAGGAUAUACAGCUUCUCCCAUCACUCGUGUGGUCCAACCAACCAGCGUGAGCAGACUGCUAAGGGGUCAGUCUGAGACUGAAGAGAUGGGCGUUGAGGGUUAUUAUGAGGAUAAUAUGGAGGAGGAGGAAGGAGCAGGCGGAAGCAGGGUAACAAGAGGCUUAGAAUCAUGGCCCCAGUGGAAGUUGAAUGGGAAAACAGUGGGGAAAGGAAAUAGAGACCAAGGAGAACUCACACUUGAGAGGAGAGGGUCUCUUCUGUCUCUGUCAUCAGUAAGAGUGGAAGACUCUGGAAACUAUACCUGUCAUCACAGGGGGAGAGAGAGGUUCUCUGUAAGAGUCAUAGUUGCAGAUCCUCCUGAGAAGCCCAACCUGUCCUGCUCCAAAAAGUCACCCAGCAGUAAGAUUCGCUGUCAGUGGACACCUCGGAAGCCUGUUACCAGGCCGUUUACCUGUUAUCUUGUACUGGAUAAGAGGUCAUUUAAAACAUUCAUUCCGUGCUCAUACUCGCCUCGGUUCUCCCGCUUUUGGUGCGCUCUGGAAUACAAUGAGGAUGAGAUGCGAACACCUCAUCACGUCUACCUAUGUGUUAGAAACAUCGCAGGCAAUGCCACCAGCGAAAUGCAACACUUCACACCUUGGCAUAUUUUAAAGCCGGACCCUCCAUCGGGUGUGAAGGUACAGCAGGAUGAAGAAUGCGAGACAUGCCUUACGGUCAGAUGGAAUUUACCGAUCACCUGGAAACCUCAAGACAAAAACUAUAAUCUAUACUAUGAACUCCGGUACAAGCCUCUCGCGUCCUCAUAUUAUCAGGUGAAGUUAGUAAAAAAUGAUCACUUCCACACUAUCCAAGAUGCCCUGCCUGGUGUUCAGUACCAGAUACAGCUGAGAAAUAGGGAGGAAUAUGACGGUCAGUGGAGUGACUGGAGUACACCUGUCAAUGCCAGCAGUUGGACAGAUUUGUCUUCCACACCGUUUACAAUACCGCCGGAAGGGUCCGCAGAUGACUGCCUAUGUAAUGAAACGGUUCCUAAACCAACGCAAAUCAUGGUGGUGCCAAGUUCCAUCCUGUGGAUCUCUGGUUCAUGUGUUCUCUUAUCAGUCAUUUUGGCUGUCUUCAUAAUCAGACAUAAGGGCAGACUUAUGUCUAAACUCCACCAUCUGAAUGUCAUCACCCCCUGCGGUAACUCUUCUCAGCCUCCGCCUUCCACCCCAGCAGCCCCAGAAGGACAGGCCAUGGUGACCUUUGCCUCUUCACCUUGUAGAGAACCACUACCGAGCACAUUAGAAGAAGAGGAAGAAGAAAACGAGGGAGAAGAGAGUCCUCAGGAGAGGAUAGAAGUCAUGCACUUCAACAACACAUGUUACUUUGUGUUCCAGGAGUGACAGCUAUAAUAUUUAAAGUACUUUGUAUCAUUUCAUCGUUGUUUCUCACUUCAGAGCUUGUGCAAGUGUUAAAAAGGUCAGUACUAUCCCCAUCUUCGGCGUAGAGUAUAUUCCAUCCACAGAGUUUUUUUUUAAGUAGUGAAGCCUAUUAUAUUUGAUAUCAAGUUUACUGCCUUUGUUUUUGACGGUUGUGAGUCCAUUGAACUGUAAUGUAAGUGUCAUAUUGAUAUGAUUUAUUACACACUCAUCCCCUUUAAAGAACUUUCUACUAAUGCUAGUGGUCAUCAUGCUAAUUAAACCCAAUUAAGAGCAGCUGAGGGUUGUUAGCUGCCACCUGUGUAGAACCUAUAUGCAUCAGGGCUCUGCAUCAAUAUUUAUUGUUUUCACAACAUGCUUCUACUUUAGACAAAGAGAGCUAGCACUGAAUCUGCUUUGCUCGUUAUUAGAGAUGGAUAUAAUCUUUAUUGUUAGCUGUAACAAUAAAGCAGGCACUUUUACUAUAUAGAUGAGUGGUUUCAACUGGAUGCUUUCAGGUAAUUGGGUUAAAUUUAGUGUGGAAAGCAAACAUGGGGGUCUCACUGGUCAACCUUAUUAUUGUUAAUUGGUGUAGAUAUCUGCUUGUCAUUUAAUCCUUAUCAUCACUAGGUUUCAUUAUUUGUCUCAGACUUGACAUUUUGUGUUUCUUUAAAGAGCAUCUACUGAAAGUAACCUCAGGAACUGCUUGUUCUUUCUCAUGCCUAAAAUACCUCUGAAAAUAUUUUUGUUGUGUUUGUCUUAAGAGCAGCAUUUGGCUACUCUCCUAUGUCUGGGCCUAUUUAAAAUGUUGAUAAUAUGUACAUCUAAUUGCUGUAAGGACCUGUGUCUGGCAUAUCAUGUUCUUCUUGUAUAUAAUUUUGGUUUGUUAAAUAUAUCACUCACAUUCUAAGCUUUCAUAUUUUUUUAUAAAGUUUGAAAAAUAAAGUUGCUGU